AUGUCCAGGAAAGCCAUGUCUGUGUCCAGCUACAGCUCCAAGAGGUCUGUGAUCCCAGCCACCUCCAGCUACACUGUGAAGAGGAGCGGCUUCAGCUCUGGCUCUGCCUAUGGCAGUGGAUUCGGCUCUGGCUCUGCCUUCGGAGGUUCUGCUGGCAUUGGCGGUGGCUACAGCAGUGGUGGCAUGUUCUCCUCCAGCAUGGGUGGUGGCAGCUAUGUGGCUCCACCAAUCACUCAAGUCACUGUGAACCAGAGCCUUCUAACCCCUCUGCAGCUCGACAUCGACCCCACCAUCCAGGCCGUCCGCACCAAUGAGAAGGACCAGAUCAAGUCCCUGAACAACCGUUUCGCCUCUUUCAUAGACAAAGUGCGCUUCCUGGAGCAGCAGAACAAGAUGCUGGAGACCAAAUGGAGCCUGCUGCAGGACCAAACCAUCACACGCUCCAACCUGGAUGCCAUGUUCGAGGCCUAUAUUGCCAACCUCCGCAGACAGCUGGACGGCCUGGGCAACGAGAAGGUCAAGCUGGAGGGAGAGCUCAAGAACAUGCAGGGUGUGGUGGAGGACUUCAAGAGGAAGUACGAAGAUGAGAUCAACAAGCGCGCUGCUGCAGAGAAUGAGUUUGUUCUGCUGAAGAAAGAUGUGGAUGCUGCCUACAUGAUCAAGGUGGAGCUGGAGGCCAAGGUGGACGCUCUCCAGGAUGAGAUCAACUUCCUGCGUGCUGUGUACGAGGCCGAGCUGCGCGAGCUGCAAGGCCAGAUCAAAGACACCUCCGUCAUUGUGGAGAUGGACAACAGCCGCAACUUGGACAUGGACGCCAUCGUGGCGGAAGUGCGCGCUCAGUAUGAAGACAUCGCCAACAAGAGCAAGGCCGAUGCCGAGAGCUGGUACAAGCAGAAGUAUGAGGAGAUGCAGACCUCUGCCGGACAGACAGGCGACGACCUCCGUACCACCAAAGCUGAGAUUGCAGAGCUGAACCGCAUGAUUGCCCGCCUCCAGAACGAGAUCGAGACCGUGAAGGGACAGAGGGCCAGCCUGGAAGCCCAGAUCGCAGAGGCAGAGGAGCGCGGAGAGCUGGCUGUGAGGGACGCCAGACUGCGCAUCAAAGAACUGGAGGACGCUCUGCAGAGAGCCAAGCAGGAUAUGGCCCGGCAGGUGCGUGAGUACCAGGAGCUGAUGAACGUCAAACUCGCCCUGGACAUCGAGAUCGCCACCUACAGGAAACUGCUGGAGGGAGAGGAGAGCAGGUUGGCCAGCGGAGGCGUCAAUGCCACCAUCCACGUGCAGGAGUCCUCCAGGGGAGUGAGCGCUGGUGCCGGAGGCCUCAGCUCCAGCUCUGGCUUUGGCUACGGAGGUUCAUCCAUGGGAAUGGGAGGCGGCAUCAGCAGGUCCUCUGUCAGCACCACCAGCUCCGUCAGACGCUACUGAACCAAGACCAAGUCACUCAAAUCCUGAGAGUGUUAAACUUAGAGGGGAGGACAUUUAAAUGUGAAACUGUAUUUGAAUGUUUCUCUGUUAAGUUUAAUAUUCCUGUAAAGCUU